AUGUCGAACAAACAGAAGAAACCAAAUACUGUAUUAACUUUGCAACAACGGUUGGAUAUCUUAGAAAAAUUAAGAAAAGGUAUUUCAAUGAGUAUACUCAGUAAGGAGUACGGAGUUCAUGUGCAAACCAUUCGCCGCAUCAAAGCGAAAGAAACUGAAAUAGAACAACGAAUGAUAACAUUCAAUACCGGAAAUCGAAAAACCAUACGAAGACCCGUUCUGGAAGAAUUAGAUACUCGUUUAUAUACGUGGUUUUCGGAAAGACGUGUAUUAGGUGACCGUAUUACUGAUGCACUGUUACAAUCGAAAGCAAGUGAAUUGUGCAGUGAAUAUAGUGGCGUAACAACAUUUACUGCCAGUAAGGGAUGGAUAUGGCGGUUUAAAAAGCGGUAUAAUAUCCGUUUAGCGAACAUUCAAGGCGACAGUGCUGACCCCGACGGACAAUCAGCAGAAACAUUUAUUCAACGGUUUAUGCAGCGCGUGGAAGAAGAGGAUAUAAAUCUAGACCACAUUUAUAACAUGAAUGAAACAGGAUUGUUGUGGAAGGCUAUUCCACAGAAAAUAUUAAUUGGCCCUACUGAGCAAAAAGUAUUUAAUAUUAAAAUAAAAAAAGAUCGAGUAAACAUUGGAUUAUGUGUCAAUGCAACAGGAACACAUAAAUUACUUCCGUUAUUUGUUCAUGAAUAUGAAAGGCCCAAAGCUUUGAAACACGUUAAAAUUCACGAGUUGCCUGUUGUAUACAAGUAUCAAAAAAAUGCUUGGAUAGAUUCUGUUGUAUUUGCGAAUUGGUUAGAAAAUCACUUCAAACACGAAGUGAAAAAACAUCAAAUAGAAAGCGAGACCUGCGGAAAAAUUCUACUAUUAAUAGACAACUGUAAAUCACAUUAUGUACAAACAACAAUUACGAAAUUAAAGGACGACAACAUCGAAGUUAUAUUCUUACCAAAAAUCUGUACUUCAAUUUUGCAACCCAUGGAUCAGGGAAUAAUUGCGAAGCUAAAAGGAUGUUUUCGGUAUCAGCUGUUAAAAAAAAUUCUAGACUUCCCUCAUGGAAUAAUGGAAUUCUAUUUAGAUUACGACAUUGUAGAUUGCAUAAACAUAUUGCAGGACGCGUGGACGGUCGUAUCAUCUGAAAACAUACGCAACUCAUGGAAGAAACUUUUACAAGAAAAGGUAAUGGUAGAAGAUGUACAUGACGGAGAUGCACAAGAUUAUACUUCCGAAGUAUCGAAUAUUGCAGAAACUGUACAAAGAAUAUCUCAACAGCCAACAGCUGAAACUGAGAUUGCAGAAUGGUUAUCUACUUGCGAAGAGGCAGAAAACCAAAUGCAGAAUAACGAAGAUGUAAAACCAGAGAGCAACACGAACUGCAAUCUAGUGCCGACUGAAGAAGAAAUAGACAACUCAUUUGCAAAUUUAUGUCAUGUGUGCAAAUGCAAGUUGCUGCAUUGA